GACGCUACGCUUCGAACCAAACUUCACUAUCUUGGCAUUGAUGGAAGAGGGAGGGGAAAUUUAAUGGCCGUCAAUACCACUUAAAAAUACAAAAAGUCGGGAUAAUCUCGAGUAUUCACAUUGUUUGGCUCACCAAUAACGUCCACCGUUCCUAACCACGGUUCAGAGGACAUGCACGGACGUGGAGCGGGCUUGUGGUCUAGUUUGAUAGGGCAGUGAACGGACUUUAGCCGUCUGGUUAGUAGGACUGGGGAUAAGGCCUAGCCGGCUGGAUGCUAAAAAACAACUAGUCCAUCACAGGAGUACAGUGAGAAUAUGUAACAUAGAGAAAGCAACAUGACAUCACGAUUUGGUAAAACAUACAACCGUAAGGGGGGAGAAGCCAACUCUAAAUUUGAAGAGGUCUUCUCUAAUAAAAAACCCACUCUUACCACUAAAUGGGGGGAGACAACUUACAAGGCACAAUUGGGGACAAAGAGGUCAUCUUUAAAGUCUGAUGUUGCUGAGCUCCCCAAGCGGCCCAGGCUUGAGGUCGACAGCGACAAUGAUGAAGACCCCUUUGGAUUUGACAGCGAUGAUGAGUCAAAGACUGUCACCUCUCAGACAGCUACACAGUCUAAAUCAGAGGAUGGACAUGCAACAUCAAAACCUCCAUCUGGACAGGCGACUGGCACAAAGGCUGCUGUGGCCUCCUCUGUCACUUCUGCUGCCAAGCAGACUUCUGAAGAGAAGUUGGUGAAAAACAGCCAGUCGUCUUGGACCAGAACCACAGCAUCCAAUAGCAUCCAGAAGCCUGCAGCCGCAUCCUCCUCGUUAACGUCGAGAGACCGCAAUCCAACAGGGACCUCCUCACUAAGCAUGGAUGCCACUCUGUGCAGCAAAGGCUCUUCUCAAAUGCUACCUGGAGGAAGCCGGAACUCCCAGUUCACCUCCAACUCGUCUUUCAAGGAUGGGAUGUCCUCAGAAGGCAUGAGUCAGGAAGAGAGGGCGCUGGCCUCGGAGCCUCCAGCAGAGCCCGUGGAAAACGUUGAGCCGUCGCCGUUCACCCUCAGGACGGCAAACUCUAGGAAGUACCAGCGGCCUGGUCGAGACUCUGCCUCCUCAGAUAGUGCAGACGUCGGCGUGGCCCCUGAAACCCCCUGCGCCGAUGCCAAGCCCAACACCACAGCGGGCACCGGUGUCGCUAAAACUGCCGCCAAUGCUAACACCGCGGCCGCUAAGGCACCGGCGGCCGGCCGAGGUAGAGGCCGGGUAAGGGACUACACGGUGCUGCACCCUUCAUGUCUGUCGGUGUGCAACGUCACUAUCCAGGACACCAUUGAGCGCAGCAUAGACGAGCUGGUGGCCCCGGCGGCACCCGCCGACCUGGGAGAGGCGGGCCUGAUGAAGAAGAAGUCUGACGUUCAGCUAGCGAAGAACACCAGGUUCCGACCUGUCAAGACGAAGAAGGACACCAAGCUGGAGUUCUUCGGCUUCGAGGACAAGGAGGACCACGGCGGCUCGGAGGGCUCGGAGGGGGGCGUGGCCGGCGGCAGCAGCAGCUACAAGAUCAAGUACUUUGGCUUCGACGAACUCAGCGAGAGCGACAGCGACGAGGAGGGCUCCCAGGUCAAGGAGAGGAAGAAAGCCAAGAAGGCUGCGGCGGCGGCGGCGGCGCUGGCUGCCCUUAGCGCCAGCGUGGACAGCCCCCACAUCAGCGACUCUCAGGACAGCCAGACCAGCAGCAACACAGAUGGUCUUGACUUCACGGAGGACUCCAUCUCCGCAGCCCCUGACGGAGCGAAGGUGCGCUCAGGGAAGCCGGGUGACAAGUCAAAGGAGCUCACCACUGGGUUCAAGAAGAUCUUCAGCGGCCCAAAGAAGUCUCCUGCUAAAGCCUCUUACAACGCGCGCCACUGGAACCAGCCCGAGCCCGAGGAGAUUCCUCCACCACUGGCCCGCGCGCACACCGCUCCCCCCACCUUGUCGAGCGGCAGCAAGGACGGCACCGCCCACAAAGACGACGGGCUGUUCAAGGCCCCCCCGCCGCCGCCCAAGGUGAUCAAGUCAGAGACCCUCCCCACCAGGCUCCACCAGGACAUCGUGACCGCGCUCAAAUGCAGGAAGGAGCACAAGGAGCUGUACACCGUGGUGCAGCACGUGAAGCACUUCAACGACGUGGUGGAGUUUGGAGAGAACCAGGAAUUCACCGACGACUUUGAGUACCUGGAGACGGGGCUGAAGAGCAGCCAGCCGCUCAACACCCGAUGCCUUAGUAUAAUCAGCCUGGCCACGCGCUGUGCACUGCCCGGUUUCAGGAUGCAUUUGCGGGCCAGAGGAAAAGUGGCGCACGUUUUCAAGAUGAUCAGCGACGCACCACAGCAUCCGAACCUUGCUCUGUGCACCGCGGCCCUGAUGUACAUCCUGAGCCGCGACCGGCUGAACAUGGACCUGGACCGGGCCUGCCUGGAGCUGAUGAUCAAGCUGCUGGAGAUGGACCAGCUGAUCCCCCUCCAGCCGGCCCCCCAGGACCCCCAGGACCAGCCGGACCAGCUCAGCCCCAAGGAGGUGGCCAAGGUCAAGGAGAAGAUCCGCAAGCUCUGCGAGACGGUGCACAACAAACACCUGGACCUGGAGAACAUCACGACGGGCCACCUGGCGAUGGAGACUCUUCUCUCUCUGACCUCCAAGAGGGCCGGGGAUUGGUUCAAGGAAGAGCUGCGUCUCCUCGGGGGUCUGGACCACAUCGUGGACAAAGUGAAAGAGUGUGUGGAGAACUUGAGCGAGGAGGACGACAAGGAGAACCUGGUGGCCUCCUUGUGGGGAGCGGAGCGGUGUCUGAGAGUGCUGGAGAGCGUGACGGUGCAGAACCCCGAGAACCAAGGCUACCUGAUCGCCUACAAGGACUCCCAGCUCAUCGUGUCGGCCGCCCGAGGCUUGCGCUGCUGCGAGGACAUGAUCCAGCGCUACAGCCGCGCUCUGAACAACAGUUCCCUGUGCCCCGGCUCGGAGCUGCCCCACUGUAGCUUCAGCAACGUGGGCAAGGCCGUGGAGGACUGCAUGCGGGCCGUCAUCGGCGUGCUGCUUAAUCUCACCCACGACAACGAGUGGGGGAGCACCAAGACGGGGGAGCAGGACGAGCUGAUCGUGACGGCCCUCAACUGCGUGCUACGGGCCCCCCGCUACAUCCCCCAGGAGCAGCGCUUUGACGUCCGCGUCUUGGGUCUGGGCCUGCUGAUUAACCUGGUUGAGUACAGCUCCAGGAACCGCCACAGUCUGGUGGAGAUGGAUUACGCUCUGUCAGAGGGCUGCCUGGACGACAGCAGCCUGGGGCCGCCCGCCGAGCCAGCACCAGCCGGCCAGGGGGAGGAGCCUGCAGUGCCAUGCCAGGGGGAGGAGCCUGCAGUGCCAUGCCAGGGGGAGGAGCCUGCAGUGCCAUGCCAGGGGGAGGAGCCUGCAGUGCCAUGCCAGGGGGAGGAGCCUGCAUUGCUAGGGCAGGCGGAGGAGCCUGCAGUGCUUGUGCAAGGGCAGGGGGAGGAGCCUGUAGGGAAGGGGGAGGAGCCUGCUGCCCCCGUACCAGGCGAACCUUCGGCCGACGAUGAGGACAAACCCCCGGCCACCGGGGCUCUGGCUGCCCUGGUGAAGCUCUUCCUGGAGCGCGAGCGGGCUGCCAUCCUGGCCGAGGCCAAGACCGAUGACCUCAUCAGCGAGGCGCCCAAGCCGGCGCUGGACCAGAGCGGGGAGUGGAAGGAGACGUCCGGGGAGAUCCAGUGGGUGGCGGCCGAGACCAAGGAGGGGGCGGAGCCGCAGGAGCCUGAGAAGAAGGAGGAGGAAGAGGAGGAGCUGGACCUGAACAAAGCUCUGCAGCACGCUGGCAAGCACAUGGAGGACAGCAUCGCAGCCUCCUACACCGCCCUGCUGUUGGGGUGCCUUUGCCAGGGGAGCCAGACGAAUGCAACUACUGUGAGGGAACAUCUACCCAAAGGCGACUUUUCCAUCAUGACGGAAAUGCUGAAGAAGUUCUUGAACUUCAUGAACCUCACUUGCUCCGUGGGUACCACAGGACAGAAGUCCAUCACGCGGGUUAUCGAGUACCUCGAGCGAUGUUAACACACCUCGCUGUCUCUCGCUCUCGCUCUCUCUCUCUGGCUCUCUCUCUCUCUGGCUCUCUCUCUCUCUGGCUCUCUCUCUCUCUCUGGCUCUCUCUCUCUGGCGCUCUCUCUCGCUCUCUCUCUCUCUGGCUCUCUCUCUCUCUGGCUCUCUCUCUCUCUGGCUCUCUCUCUCUCUGGCUCUCUCUCUCUCUGGCUCUCUCUCUCUCUCUGCCUCGCUCUCCUUCUCUGCCUCUCUGGGCCCACACACACACACACACACACACACACACACACACUCUGCACCUACACACACCGACUGCACAGCGAGGCGGGGGAGAAGGGUGGCGGAGAAAUAUCCGCCAUGAAUGGAGCGACAGGGCGUGUCGUCUGGACCCUGUCCCAAAAUGCCCCUCUAACUGCAGAUCACGGCCAAUUGUGAUCGGCACCCCGGUAGCAUGGUCAGGGAAGAGCCUUGCACCAAAGCCAUGGGGUCCCAUCGACGGCGCGGCCAAACCCAUCCAGCCCUCUUGACUUGCUCUGCGUACCGUUACAUCUAGGUUGGCCGAAGUGCGACGCCUGGUCUAGCCAGAUCUAGGAGUCUGGACCGGUCCCGGUCGCCCGCCCGGUAGGAUUGCAUCCCUUUAACGAGGAACGGUACUCCAGCCGACGGUGGAGUUAAUGGCUGGGGCGGGCGGGGCCGCGUGUGGUCGCUGGGGCAGGGUCGGUGCUUAACAUUGUGAGGUCACAGAGUGUUUGUUCUCAACAGGAAUGCUUGGCCCAAGUGGGAACUUAAGAUUUCAUAUUUCAUAGAUCAUUGCAUUUGAAUAUGGUCCCCCAGCCGCGAGCGAGGAUGGGAACCGGCGACUGGAAAGCACGGCUUGCGUUCAUGGAUUUUUAGAGUGUUCCAUACGUGUCCAUGAUACCUUAUUUUUAUGUUUUUCGGACACGAUCAGUUUUAAAGUGAGACUCACUGUGUUUAGGAUAAGUUCAUGCCUUUAUCAACGUGCAUGUUUUAUUACUAGCUUGAUGGGGGAUAAAAAAACGAUAAGAUAAGCUUUUAUGUUUUUCUUCUGAUUGUUGCCAUUUGUUUUUUUUUUACUAUACAGAUGCAAAACAAACUGAGAUUUUGUUUUCUGAUAAUGGCAUGGAUCUUCUUUUGAUUUUAUUUAAACAUUUUCACAAGUUAGUUUUGAUAAAAUUAGUCUUAGGGUUGGGCUUCUAACGUUUGUGUCCUUGGCUGAGCGUGGCACCAAAAUCAAAUAUUACGAAUAUUGAAUGUCAUACUACUACUUUGCCAGUAUCAGUCAGAGUUUUCUACAUAUUUAAUUUGGAAUCCAUUAGGUAUCGUAUAAUUAGGGAUUUAAACUUGUUUGUCUUAGAAUACUCAGUAUUGAGCCUUGUUUUAAAAUGUGUGUUUUUGAGUUUGAAGGGGUCCAUUUUACCAUGUUUUUAUUUCCUCUCCGUUGGAGUGCCCUUGGACAUGCCACAUAUACCACAUAUGCUACAGCUCCAUUGAUGGACAUAGGUUUUGAACUGCUGUGUGUAGGACUCAAGCGAAAACUACUGUCAACUAAUUUUAGCAGGAUAAUGUUUUAUGUUCAUUUCUUGUUCACUUGUGUUGUGGAUUGCAUCUCAUAGUCUAGGGAUGUCCUUUAUACCAUUCACUGACUGGUUCGACCCGUGGAGGAUGAAGAGGCACGAUCCACCCAUAAUGCAUUGGGUUCAAUGAAAACACGUCAAUUGGUUUAAAGCACCAAUCUCAAGUACUCUUGGUAAACCAAUAACUGAACAAAGGACAGCCAUAACUUUUAAUAAGUAGAUUACCUACGUUGUAUCUGUUUUUGAAUUCAAUGAAUAUAAUUGCGGUUUAAUGUAAAUGAGUUACUUGGCUAAAUUUGGUCUGAAAUGGGAUAAUGGAAUGUAAAUAGUCCUGUACAUAGUGGUAAGCAGAUGUUUAAAAUGCUUGGACUACUUUUUUUCUUGAAGCUAAUAUUUUUAUUUUAUACAAUAUUUCCCAGUUCAUGAUUUGACGAAAACAAAAGUUUUUGAGAACUGCCGGAGGAAACCAGUUUGUACCUCUUUCAGUGGCGUUGUCUUUGGUUACGUUGUAAAUAGCUGUUUAAAGAAUUGCUACUUUUAAAUACA